UUCGUCAAAGAUGCGCUAUGUGGCCAUCACUUUUUGACAGGAUAUGGAUCUGCCCAUAUACGGAAUUCGAAGUGGGCUAAACGAUGUUUAUUGGUAUCAAGCAGUUGGGUUUGGUAUAUUGUACUUCUACUGACAGUCCUGUUACACUGUGUUCUGAUUCUAUUUGAGCCUAUCCAAAUGUUACUGAAGACUGGAACAUUAAGUCCAUUGGCUCUUUACGGGGGUAUAGCAUGUACUCUGGUCUACGUGUUUGAUUUGACCAUUAUUAUGGUUCAUUUUACAAGGAAACACUUCUUCAGAUUCCAUCACAAUAAGGGUCUCUUGGUGGUCGUGUGUUGUAUGGUGCUGGACUACAUCAUAUAUGGACUUAGUGGUGGAUUGGUAUUUCGCCUCCUCAGACCCUGUAUAUGGAUGCUUCGAAGCAGAGCUACUCGUGGUAUUGGGGCUGUAAUGAUGCUGAUCCUGCCUGAUUUUAUGCGCUUCCUCUUACUGAUUGCAUUAUGCGACAUCUUCUUUGCCGCCAUUGGUUGCCACCUAUUUAUGGACAUAUACAACAAUAAGACAGAUCCUGCUCUCUUGCGUCAGGAAAAUGGCAUUUACGUUGGAUCCUUUAAUAACAUUGGGGUGGCCGCACUUAGAAUGUUUGUCCUGCUCACAACGAGCAACUAUCCACGAUUUGCUGUCCCAGCUUAUCAUGCGGAUGGCAGUAAUAUGAUGUUCUUUGGAUUCGCCAUCAUGUCUGGAAAUUUUCUAUUAUUUUCCAUACUUGUUGCAAGGAUAUACGACUAUUACAAGAUCGCCAACAAAGUUAGGGCCAAGGAAGAGAGGUUUCAAGAAAGACAAUGUUUGGUGAAGGCAUUUGAGAUUCUGGACCCUGAGGGGACUGGUGUCAUGACAUUGGAGACUUGGAAGAGGUUGUACCCGUUCCUCGUGGAGAGUAAGGUUGAACCAAACGAGGUAGAGGUCACCAGUCGUUUCAUGAAAUUCAAAGAGAGCUCCAAGAACACGGAAAGAACUAACGUUACACUCCUGGAAUUUUUCUCGACAGUUGAAAUUCUCCGAAGUUCUGUCGAAAGAAAGCCACCGAUUCAAAGACGCCAGGGGUUUAUCGCUCCUAUUUCGUAUCCGAGAGAAAUCUGCAUGAAACUGGCGAGCAGCAAAUACAUGGUCUACUUCGUCAAGAUCUUACACUUGGUGUUUCUGCUUCUCUACGCUGUUGUGUGGUACAAGAUGCCGGCUGUGGUUCUCUGGAGCAUCUUCUAUGUACAGUUUUUCAUCCUCAUAUUACUCGUUUUUGAUAAUGUAAUCAAGUGUGUAGCCCAUGGUAGGAUGUACCUGGUAUGGACCAACCUUCUAGACGUAUCACUGCUAUUGGUAUCCCUGUGUAGCUACAUCUACGUAGGGGCGACAGAUGAUACGUUGGCAUUGAGAAUGUGGGCAAAGACUGUCGUCUUCGCGGCCAUACUGUUGAAGUAUUUAGCAGUUGUUAGCCCACCUGCGUUUCUUUGGUUGUGGCUGAGAGAAAUGAUACUUCCAGUUAGUGUUCUAACGUCUCUAAUUGCUAUAAUAGCCUUCGUGUGGGCAGUGCUCGGAAUGGAGUUGUAUGGGCAUUUAGGCGAGCCAUCCGACUUUAAAGCUUUGUGUGGUUAUGGGUUUGGCGACCUCAGAUGUGCCCUACUGACAAUAUUCCAGCUUGUGAUUGGUUCAAUAUGGCACCGAUUGAUGAACAGAGUGAUAGCCGCGACGUCCUAUUGGUCAGCCCUGUAUUUCGUCAGCUUCUACACUCUCAUGCAACUUCUCGUUCUCAACGUUGUUGUAGCAAUCAUCGUGGAAUUAACUGCUAUCAUACAGGCAGUGCAGACUCCAACUUCCAAUAAGGUGUCACCAAGUUCAUUAAUGGGGUCACCAACACACAAUCUUAACAGAGCAGUAGGGACAACAAUAAAGGUGCUACAGCCAAUUUGUCCAGUGCCAGAUGUUAUGAAUAUUGUAAAGAAUCAAAGGAGCUGCAAACGAAUAUCUACUGAGACAAGUUUUAUAGACAAUGAAUACAAUGAUGAAUCGACCAUGGAUGGCAGUGAAAAAGUUGAGGCUAAGCAAAACGACUUGAGUGAUUGGAGACGUCAGAUAUCUGGUGAGAUGACAUUACUAGAUGCCAAUGAGCUUAUUAAGCUCUCGCAGAUGGCUAAGUGUGCGCAAAGGUUAAAGCACCAAACCUAGACCAACAAUUAUUAGAUGCCAAUGAGCUUAUUAAGCUCUCGCAGAUGGCUAAGUGUGCGCAAAGGUUAAAGCACCAAACCUAGACCAACAAUUAUUAGAUGCCAAUGAGCUUAUUAAGCUCUCGCAGACCUAGACCAACAAAUAAAAAACACAUGGGUGAAUAGAAAUUAAAAAGAAUACAACGAGUAUGUUGUCU